AUUGGCAUGGUGGAAGUGCCGAAGGAGAGGAAAGCGUUGAUGACAAUCGAGUCUCCGUCUACGUCGACUUGGCCCCGGACACCUCGGAGACGUCCGACUACGCCGGCAGAUGGAAGGCCGGAUUUUUCAAGAGGGGCUUCAAGAAGGCGCUACCAAAGAUCACGCGCCUGAAGCUGAUGCUGCCGGAGGACGCCGUCCCGUUGUUGCAAAAGAUGCAAGAGAAGCUGACCGUCGAGUGCGACAAGCUGCGCGCUAGCGCCGUCAAGCUCGACCACAUGCUCACCAUCGAGGGUACCGCCGGUAAAUUCACCACCGAAUUCAACCCCAAAAUCCAAAGAGCCGAAAUCCCGCGCGACCAGCGCACCGCGCGUCUGCUGAAACUCGAGACCCUGUGGCACAAAACCCUACGCAGCGCCCGCAUCGAACUGCUCGACAAGUCCGUCUUUUGCGCCUCCGAGGAGUUUGAGAAAACGAUGCCCACCGACGCGAUCACUGGCCGAAUUCUACAUGGUGCCCAAAAAGCGCUGCCAAGAAAGCGAUGUCGG